UACUAUGGAAUUAUUUUGCAGGUGCUUUUACAUUGUAGGACUCCAAUAAAAAUAGUUAUGCAUUGAUACAUUCAACUGAAGACAAUAUGGCAGAGGAUGAUUUUUAUAAAGUUUUGGGCUUAACAAAGGAUGCAUCUGAAGCUGAAAUAAAAAAAGCAUAUCGAAAAUUGGCAUUAAAAUGGCACCCAGAUAAAAACAGUGAGAGAAAAGAGGAAGCAGAAGAGAAAUUUAAGUUGAUAUCUGAAGCAUAUGAAGUGUUAUCUGACAAUGGGAAAAGAAAAAUAUAUGACCAAUAUGGCAAAGCUGGUCUUAGUGGUGAAAGUCAAAGGGGCGCUUCAUACGAUUUUGGUUCACACUAUACAUUUCGCCAUGCUGAAGAUAUAUUUAGGGAUUUCUUUGAACAUGAUCCAUUUGGUGAAGACAUUAUGAGAGAUUUCUUUGGUCCAAGCGCUUUUCAUGCUAGAGGAACACGAAAUGGAAGUGCAGCUUCAAAGAGAAGAGAUCCAUUUGCGCACUUUGGUUUUGGUGGAGGCUUAGGUGGUGGCUUUGGUGGUGGCUUUGGUGGUGGCUUUCAUGAUGAUGCAUUUUUCAACUCAAACAUGUCUUCUUCAUUUUCGAGUUCAUCAUUUGGAAGUGGGGGAGGAUCUUUUAAGUCAACCUCCACGUCAACAAAAAUUGUAAAUGGUAAAAAAGUCACAACAAAGAAAGUUGUAGAUAACGGCAAAGAAACUGUGGAAACAUUCGAAAAUGAUGUAUUGAUCUCAAAAACAGUCGAUGGUGUCCCACAGCUGACCAAUGGAAAUCGAGCAGAAAGGCGCCCACUGGAAGGGAGGGAAAAAAAGAGAAAAAAAUAAUUAUACUUAUAUUAAUCUGCACACAGUUGUUUUUGUUUUGUUUUUGUUUUGUUUUAACCCUUUGCAAUGCCUGCAUUGUUGUUUUUAAUCGUAUUGGAUGUUUUCUGAAAGAGUACGGGAAUAAAAGAUGAGUGUUAUAAAAAGAACUGUUCUUUACACAGCGGUAAGAAUAUUGUGCAAUUGGAUGUAUCAAUUUGUUGUGUUAAAAAAAUAAACAUAUAAAGUCAGAUUCAAAUUAAAGCAACAUAUCAAUGCAAAGUCCAAAUAUUGCUCCUAAAUUAAGGAGAAUUAAGGGAAAGAGUAAAAUCUUUUUUUAAUUUGCACUGAUGAUCUUCAAUCAACAACAAAAAAAUUUCAACCACAUCGACACAUAAUGUAAUUUUACAUGUACAACCUUCUUCAUAAAGUUGUUGUUGCACCUUCUUGUAAUUGUGACCGGUCUCUUUGUCUUAUUGGUAUAGAUUUGAUCUUGGAUCGUUUUGAAAGAAAAAUUUUAUUUAUAAAAACUGUUAUCUGUAUGUUUGAGGUAGUGUAUGAUAGUUUAUAAUGAAAACUGUAUGAAAAAUCUAUGUUGGAUAUAUAGCAGUUUUUGAAAUGUAUGCAAUAUGUGGAUCUUGUAUUCAGCAAUCCAUAUAAUAUUUGGGAAAUUUCCAUCCUAUCUUGAGAUGUAUGUCGAUGAAAAUAUAUUUUUAACUGUAAAA